AUGUUGUGCUCUACAGUGACCUAUCAUGGUGCUAAUAUGCAUCCCGAUAAUACAAAUUCCGAGGCACUCUAUUCUACCAAUGGAUCAAAGGGUCCUGAUUUUUGGAGUGGAGCUCUCAGUUCUGUUUAUGACGAUGGGGUGAGCGUAUAUUUCUCUUCUUCACAAAUAACAACAUUUGAUAUAUUUGGCUUUUUCUCUAAUUUUAGAUAUACGAUGGCGGAUUCACCUCCAAGAACAUCUUCAGAUUUACAAUACUCAGACAAAGGAGACGAUAAAAAACGACGAACUUCAAUCGUUUAUUCAACCGAUGAUUAUAAUCCAGAAGAUGUACGAUAUUCAACAAAGUCUUUAUAUGGCAAUACGAAUGAAUCACCUUAUUAUAUUGAUAGUCAAAAUCCAUCUUGGAUUAAUGGAAUGCCAACACCUUCCAAUUAUUUACCAAAUGAUAAUCAUUCACAAUUUAGUGACUCAAAUGCAUGUUUACCAUCCAUGGCCAGUUUUCGAUCUGGUACAUAUGGUUCAAAUGGAACAGAGCAAACAGUACAAACAGGAGAAGCAUUAGGAAAAGCAUUACAAUCUAUUUAUCCGAAUGAUAUUCCAAGCAAUAAUAACUAUUCUUCUACACCAUCGUCUACGCCUCCACUCAACGGAUCUAGUCAACAAUGGGCAAAUGCAUCUCAGCAGUCACAACAAUAUCAAAAUCAAUUACAUCCACUUGCAACACUUAUUGAUACAACAGAUGAGCCAUAUUUUUUGCUCAAUCUAACAGAGCCUCCAAGACUUGAUGUCGAUGAUUCAAUACAUAUUCUACGUAGUAAUAGUCAUUUGCCCGAUCACUAUCAUCAUAUUCAGCAUCAACCACAUUCACAUCAUACAAGUGGUUAUAAUAUGCAUCAUUUACAACAACAACCACAACAUUCCACAGCAGCAUAUUCAACAUAUUUAAAUUCACAUUUAUCACCAUCACCAAUUUCGAAUUCGAUGCCACCUCCACCACCGCUCUCUUCAGCAUCAACAUCCCAAUCACAUGAACAACAAUUGAGAAAUCGUCAUCAAAAUCUUACAGCAGACACUUAUUCAAGUUCUUAUUCAACUGUUGAUGCAAAUCCAUCAUCGACAUCAUCUACAUCAUCAACUGAAACGAAUGAUUUGAAACUUGAAAAUGUUGAUAAAACAAAGUUAUCAACAAAAUCGUUGGAUGUAGAAAAUAAACCACCAGCACAACAGUCUUCUACUUCAUCAGUUACGAACAAUGAAAAAUUGAAUGAUUUCAAUAGACAACAACAAAUCGAUAAUAGUUGUAUCGGAGCUACACAAGAGAAUUCUACACCUCUUAGUAUUUCAAUCGGAUCUAUAGCAGGAAAUAUUGGCGGCAGUUCUUCAUCGUCAAAAUCGAAAAAUAAUUGCAACACUAGUCCAAACAAUUUAUCGUGUCUGACAAGAGGACCUGACUCAGCAGGCAGUAUCGAUGAUAAUGAAAGUCCAGAAGAACGUGAGAGACGAGAAAAAGAUCGACGAGCAGCCAAUAAUGCGAGAGAAAGACUUCGUGUACGAGAUAUUAAUGAUGCCUUUAAAGAACUUGGUAGAAUGUGUUCAAUUCAUAUGAGAAAUGAUAAACCUAUUACAAAACUUGGAAUUUUACAACAGGCCGUUAAUCUUAUUACAUCUCUUGAACAACAAGUCCGAGCGGUUGCUGUUAUAACAAAUCUCGAACAACAAGUUCGAGAACGUAAUUUGAAUCCAAAAGCAGCUUGUUUAAGACGACGUGAAGAAGAAAAAGAGGAUUUAAAUGGAAGUAAUGGCGGUGGAAGUGGUGGCAUAAAUAAUAGUGGUCAAUCACUUGUUUCUCCUUCACCAUCUUUGGAUGGUAAUACGAAAUUCAUAAAUCCCAUGCAUCAUUCUAUACCUCCAAAUUAUUGGCAAGGAGUAUGA